CAGCAGCUUGCGCUGUCUAUGACGCAGAAGGAGCAGAUCAAAUACAGAUCAAAAGUGACAAACACUUGAGAGAAAGAUGCUUUCCUGUUUUCUACGAAGGACGUGCGUAGCCUAAAUAUUUGGAAAAAUGUAGCAUUCCAUCACUUGCUCAGCAAUGGAUGCUCUGCAGUGAAUGGGUGCCGUCAGAAUGAGAGUCCAGCAGCUGAUAAAAACAUCACAAUAAUCCACACCACUCCAUCAUUUACCAUCUUGUGAAGAGAAAAGUUAUGUGUUUGUAAGAAACAAAGAAACAAACAUCUUGGAUUGCCUGAGGCAUUUGCAUCAACUAUAGAAGACUUCAUAUUUUGUUUUUGAAACUGCUGGGUUUCUAUCAACGUGUUUGUUAUUCAGUAAAGGUGAAAGGUGUCAUUGUUUCCUACAUGAGGAUGAGUUGAAUGACUCACACACACGUCUUCUGCUGCGACUCCUGCGAGCGAGCUGUGUGAAACGCAUGCAAACUACUAAAUAUCAUCGUGCAAACAACUACUAAACAUGCUGUUCAGAGUAAACAUUCAGAUAGAAAGCCUACUGAUCUGGUGCAUCAGCUACUCUGUCGAACUGUGAGACUGAAACACAGAUGUGUUCCUUACAAACAGAAACAGUCAGGCAUAGAAAACUACUGAGGGUAAUUUCUCAAAAAUACUCACGUUUUACAGGAAAAGGACAUCUAGUUCUGAAAUGACACUAACAUGUCAGGACUCCUGAAGGGUCAUGCAUGAACUGCUUUUUAAACUCAUCUGGCACACACACAGCAUGAACACACCUGCAUACAGAUGACGCAUUUAACAGGAAGGUGCUUAAAUUCCUUACAGUAGGCCUAUGUGGAAAUUUUUUAGGAAGUUUGGGAUUCUCAAACAUAGACUUACUGAGAGGAGAGAUUUCAUAGAAAAAUUUAGCCUAGAAACAAUUGACAUCUGGCUUUAAAAUAAUACAUAAUCAUACAUAAAUUAUAUACAUGAUUAGCCUAUAAGAUAUUAUAAAUAUGAAAUAUUAUUUAUAAAUUGUCAUAAAUUUAUGUCAUUCAGCUAAUACACUAAUGUACAACUAAUAUAAUAUUGGCAUAUUAUAUUAUUAUAUUAUAUAUUUUUAAGGUUGUGUAGUUAUGAAAGUAAAUGGAAUAAUUAUGAGUGGCUCCUGAAAUGAAAAAUGGAAGAAAAUGUCAUAAUAGAAUAUAAAUAAUAGAAAUUAUAUAACAGAAAAUUAUAUAAAAUUCCGUCAUGGUGUACUCAGCCUCAUGUAAUUUCAGAUCGGUAUUACUUUAUUUCUUCUGUGGAAAGACAAAAGAUUUGAGAAAUGUCUCUUUUUUCUUCAUAUAAUGGAAAUCAGGGGUAACCAAAACGGUUUCUUUUAUGAUCUGCAAAAGAAAGAAAGACAUACUGGUUUGAAACUACACGAAGGUGAGUAAAUGAUGGCAACAUUUUCAUUUUUGGGUGAACUAUUCCUUUAAGGUGCCAUUUUUUUAUGUGGCAAAACGGUACAAUAGUGCUUCAUAGAUGUGACCCUGGACAACAAAACCAGUCUUGAGUCGCUGGGGUAUAUUUGUAGCAAUAGCCGAAAAUACAUUGUAUGGGUUAAAAUUAUGGAUUUUUCUUUUAUGGCAAAAAUCAUUAGGAAAUUAAGUAAAGAUCAUGUUCCAUGAAGAUAUCUUGUAAAUUUCUUACCAUAAAUAUAUCAAAACGUAAUUUUUGAUUAGUAAUAUGCAUUGCUAAGAACUUCAUUUGGACAACUUUAAAGGCGAUUUUCUGAAUAUUUCGAUUUUUUUUUUUGCACCCUCAGAUUCCAGAUUUCCAAAUAGUCGUAUCUCGGCCAAAUAUUGUCCGAUCCUAACAAACCAUACAUCAAUGGAAAGUUUAUUUAUUCAGCUUUGGAGGAUGUGUACAUCUCAAUUUUGAAAAAUUGACACUUAAGACUGAUUUUGUGGUCCAGAGUCACAUAUAGCAUUAUAACGUAAUUCUGAUCAAAUUACAGACUAUAGGAAUAUAUAUACCAGUGAUUUUUACAUCACUUACAUUCAGUGCUUAAAAAGUGCAAAUGGCAGCUGAACACUCAAACUAAGCUCGUUAAAGUGUUUUUGCUUUGUUUUUCUCUCUCAGAGUUAAUGACUUUCUAAACCAGCAGAAAAAUCCCAAUAAACCGCAGGCGCAGCCCUCAGACACUCAAGAGAGCGUAACUCUGGAUACACACACAGUCACAACACAAACAAAACUGAGCUGCAACACUAACCACUGCACCGUGUGUGAUUAAUUAUUACAUUUCCGACAUUUCUGAAAUGGCGACGUCUCGUGCACAAGGAGACAUGUGGCGCCAUCCCUCAGAAGACUUCAGCGUCUCCAACAUUAGAUAUUUUUCCAGACACAAAGGAGAGGUGAACUGCUGCGCUUUCUCACCUGACUGUCAGAUUCUGCUCACGUGCUGUGAUUACGGCAGACUGUACCUGUGGAACGCCAACAGCGCAAAACACCUGGCCACAGUUAGCGGACACUCGGGUCCAGUGAAAUCAUGUGUUUUCUCCUGGGAUGGUCAGCUGUUUGCGAGCGCGUCUCACGACCGUACCGUCAGAAUCUGGAGCCGCUCCAGCACUGAAUGCACACACAUUCUGACAGCUCACAGUGGGAGUGUGGAGACGGUGAGCUUCAGUCCGGACGGUCAGUGGCUGGUUUCGGGAGGAUGGGACAACAGAGCGCUGAUCUGGAGAGUUCAGAGCGGUCAGAUGGUGGAGGAUCUGCGGGGUCAUGCUGCAGCUGUCCAGAGCAGCGCAUUCUCUUCAGACUCCCAGUGUGUGGCCACGGGUUCCUGGGAUCGGACCGUGAGAGUCUGGAAACUUCAUGAGGAAAAAGAGGCUGUGACGUUACAGGGGCACCAGGGGAACGUGGCCUGUGUCUGUUUCUCUGUUAGUGGGAUGCUGGCCUCAGGAUCAUGGGACGGCACGGUGCGUGUUUGGUUGCCGAUGCGUCGCGUGUGUCUGUUUGCGUUGGGAGGUUGUGAGCGUGUUUGGGUCAGAAGUCUGGCUUUCUCCAGAGACGGACUGGUUUUAGCAUCCACCGCUGAAGGCGACAUGGUGAGGAUCUGGGAUGUGACCACUGGAGUCUGUCUGAAGAGGCUGCAGGGUCAUAAGGACUCGGCAUACGGCUGUGUGUUCACUCCUGAUGGGAAGCUUCUCACCAGCGGUUCUGAGCAGCUGGAUGAAGAAGAGGAUGAAGAAAACAGCACAGAGGACAGUAGUGAGAGAUGCAGGAGUUUAAACACAGAACAGGACAGUAAAGAUGAUGACGGUCAGCACAUUGUGACCCACGGUGAAUGAAAGCAGCUGUGGAACUGAUUAUAAACCCACUGACACACACAGCCUCAGUGAAUGUUAUGCAGCCUCCUGCAUGUCUGAAUGAUCAUAUUUAUGAGAUGAGCAUCCAUGAAAACCACCACAUUGUCAGAACAUUUAGUUUGGGUUCAUAAGGUUUCGUGAUUGUUGGAAGUUUGUAUGCAUUUUUGUACUUUUUCAAUGAAAAGUAAGAUUUCUGAUUAAUUAUUUACACUGCAGACUAGUGUGUAUGGUUAUGGUAAUAAAAUAUAAUAAAUAACAGUUUGCAACA